AUGAACAGGCCCAGUCUUCUCUCUCUCUCUCACUUCCCCUUGGAGGCUGAGCUUAGGAACAUGCAGGGACUGCUCUCCUUCUCUCUUCUCAUCACUACUUGGGCUUCCCAGUCCUUUUGCAGGGCUCAAGGCAGCAGUCAAGCUGCUGAUGGAGAGUCUGAAGCAAAGGCAACAGAUGUCACUAAAAUGUAUCAGAGGAAAGAGCUCUGCCACUGGCCAUGCCAGUGCCCUCAGCGGAAGCCCAGGUGCUCACCUGGGGUGAGCCUGGUAAAGGACGGCUGUGGGUGCUGUAAAAUCUGUGCCAAGCAGCCUGGGGACACGUGCAACGAGGCAGAGGUCUGCGACCCCCACAAAGGCCUUUACUGUGACUACUCUGUGGACAAGCCUAGGUACGAGACAGGAGUGUGUGCAUAUCUCAUAGCUGUAGGAUGUGAACUCAACAAGGUACAUUAUCAAAAUGGCCAAGUUUUUCAGCCUAAUCCCCUGUACAAAUGCCUAUGUGUGAGUGGUGCCAUUGGGUGUACACCCUUAUUCAUACCAAAGCAAAUAGACAGUCAAUGCUCUGGCCCCAAAGGUGGGAAAAAGUCUGACCAAUCCUACUGUAGCUUGAGACUACUGCAACAACAGAUAUCAGCGAGCUACCAAGCAAUGCCAGUUUAUAAGACUCUCCCACUUUUCUGGAAGAGGAAGUGCCUUGUGCAGGCUACAACAUGGACGCCUUGUUCUAGAACAUGUGGGCUAGGAAUAUCCAAUAGAGUGACCAAUGAAAACAGUCACUGUGAAAUGAGGAAAGAGAAAAGACUGUGUUAUAUUCAGCCUUGUGACAGUAACAUAUUAAAGGCUGUGAAGAUACCAAAAGGAAAAACAUGCCAGCCUACUUUUCAACUUUCUAAACGAGAGAAACUUUCCUUUUCUGGAUGCACAAGUACUCAGAGCUACAAACCAACUUUCUGUGGAAAAUGCUUGGAUAAGAGAUGCUGCAUUCCUAAUAAGUCUAAGAUGAUUACCAUACAGUUUGAUUGCCCAAAUGAAGGGUCAUUUAAAUGGAAAAUGAUGUGGAUCACCUCUUGUGUAUGUCAAAAAACCUGCAGAGAUCCAGGGGAUAUCUUUUCUGAGCUAAAGAUUCUAUAAAGAGCUUUAAUUAAAAAUGGCAGUAAAUAUUAAACAUUAGUGUUAGUCUAAGCAUAAUCUCUUUACUACACCAAAUAAUUCUUCCAAUAAUUUAUGUGGCUAAAAAAGUGAAAAAAAUGCAUUUAUGUUGAAAAGAGUAAGGAUAGAUAUGUCUAGUCAUAUUUGUAUAUAAUUUGAAUUUUUGGAAGUUCUUUUAAACAAAUAUGGGACUCUGAAAAGCAAGAAAUUUAAGCCAUAACUCCUAAAAUUUGUGUCAUAAUUAAAUAUCAGAGCAAGAUUUGAUCCUACAUGUGGUAAUUCUAUAAAGGCAAAAUACAGUCUAUUAUAUGUAUAGUACUGGACCAUUUCAUGUUUUCUACAAAAGCAAGUAGAUGUUAGUUAAAAAAGCCUAAGAAUGACUGGCCCCUAGGACUGUGUCUUGAUCUCUUAACUAAGGGGUUAUAAUGCACUGCCUUUUGCAAAUGUAUUUGUACCCUUUUAAUUCUUGUGGAGAAAUAAGGCUAUAUUAUUAUAAAAAUACUUUUUUCCCCUAGUUCUCACUACCUUAGCCAUUCUUUGGCUAUCAUCCAUUGUAACAUUUUUAAU